GAGCAGAAGGAAAUAAAAAAUUGUAGGACAGCCGGACAACGGGGGUAAAAGUCUAUAUAUUCUUUGACUCUCGUGAGUCAAAUAGUGACUCAUUUCGUGAAAGAAAACAGUACAAAACUCUUACCCAACGAAAAUGAUGGAAAGCACAAGUGAAUCGGAAUGCAUUGCCAUUGGAAUGAAACCGACCUCCGCCUCGCUGGUCGAUGUUGAUUCGACUACAACUGCCCCGGAAGUUUCGGAUGCCGUUGACGGCAUCUCUCACACUUACCAGCCCGUCGUCUGGCACUGGUUCUUCCUCAAAGAGAUUGACAAAACCAAACGGAUAUGGAAACCCUUUAGCAUGCUCGAUUCUGUCGCUCUUGACGAUACCUUCCAAUUGCUCAAUGAAGGAAAAAUAGCCCCGGAAGAUGCUAUCGUUAUGACCGAUGGUGGACGUUAUGACGUGGACGUGAGUCGACGACUUCGCACAGCCAUUUACUGGGAAGAAACCCCGUUGAGUGUCCGUCGUUGCUCGUGGUUCUUUAAAGGCUCAUUAGAAACACGCUACACGCCCUAUGAUGAAGAUAUGGCAGAGAAAUUAGAGGAAGAAUACCACAAUAGUUUAUUGCACAGUUUAUGGCGUCGCGUUCUUGAAUUCCCGUUAGGAAAUAAAAUCAUGUUUCAAAAUCCCAACGUGCUGCUAGAUUUUUCCAACUAUGGCCCCGUAGAUGACUGGACUCAAGUUACGGAGGGACAAAUACGGCCGCUAAUUGUCAAGCGAGGAAUCGACGGCUUUGAUAUUAGCGACGGAGAGAAGACGGUCAUUGACCAUUUGAUUUUUCUAGUCCACGGCAUAGGCUCGGUCUGUGAUUUACGCUUCCGCAGUGUUGUCGAAGUAGUGGACGAUUUCCGCAUUCUCUCCUUUCAAAUGUUGGAAACUCAUUUCCCUACGGCUGUGGCCGAGCAGCGUGUUGGCCGAGUGGAAUUUCUACCCGUCUCGUGGCACGCUCCACUUCACGGAGAUGAUACCGGAAUCGAUAAGCGUCUCCAACCGAUUACUUUACCAUCAAUUCCGAAGCUUCGUCAUUUCGCCAACGACACGAUUCUAGACGUGCUGUUCUACACGUCGCCCGUUUACUGCGAAACAAUCAUUUCAACAGUGGCCCACGAGCUCAAUCGCCUUUACAAGAUUUUCCUGCAACGUAAUCCCACCUUCCAGGGACAGGUUUCCCUUGGCGGGCAUAGUUUGGGUUCAUUGAUCCUCUUCGACUUGCUGGCCCACCAGCCUCUCAUUCCCAAUCCAGAACCCGUGGACGAUGUACUCUCUGAGGAUGCGGUGAGCUACGUUUCGGACUUGAACGAUCCAACUGUUGAAGAAGUCUGUCAAGUCCUGCAGCUCGGCGACCAUCUAGCCAAGUUUCAAAGGGAGCAGUUUACAUUCGGGGACUUGCUUCUCCUGUCGGAAGAGGAUUUAGCCAGCCUCGGCUUGCCUAUGGGACCCCGCAAACGUCUGCUGACCUACUUACGUGACUUGGAAAUUCGACGUGCUAAAUUGAAACAGGAAGACGGAAAUAUUCCGGCGCACGACUCGACAGUAAGUUAUACCAUCGGCCUGGCGGGCACGGGACAGCCUAGCAUAUCGUAUCCACUACUUGAUUUUCAUCCAGCUGCUUUCUAUGCCCUCGGUUCCCCUACUGCCAUGUUCGUCACGGUUCGUGGCAUCGAUUGUCUGGGCGAGGAUUUUGUUCUGCCUACCUGCCCGAAAUUUUACAACAUCUUCCAUCCUUACGACCCAAUCGCCUACCGCAUCGAAACGCUCAUCGACGUCAAUAUGGUGAACGUGCCACCUGUCAUCAUACCGCACCACAAAGGCCGGAAGCGAAUGCACAUAGAACUGCGAGAGACGAUGGCCAGGCUCAGCGCCGACAUUAAGGAGCGAUUUUUCGGCUCUGUCCGUUCUACUUGGAGCACGGUGCAGAAUUUCACUUCGUUUCGGUCAAUGCCGCAGAGCGACGGGCUGGAUGUCCAGUGCUUGCAAGAGGAUCUGGACACUUCGACGAAUUCUGAUGACAGCGCAGUCGCGGAAAAGACCACCACCGAGGCGGACCCAGUCAUCCGCAUCGGCAAGCUCAACGGCGGCUGUCGGAUCGAUUACGUCCUACAAGAAGCUCCGCUCGAGAGCUUCAACGAAUAUCUUUUCGCUCUCACUUCUCACGUCGUCUACUGGGAAUCUGAAGACACGAUGCUAAUGAUGUUGCGGGAAACCUACGCUGGCAUGGACACCUAUCCCGAUAAAUAGCUACCUCUCUAUAUACAUGCUUAGUUUUCAAUUUCACGUAUUCUAUCAAUGACAGUUGAUUGUCAAACUUAUAAAUCUCUUUUGUUUUUUUUCCUACCAUUUGAUACUCGUCUGGCAUGAUUGGUUGUGUGCGUAUAUACAGAAACUUAUUGGGAAUUGAA